CAGCAUCAUCAGAUUCAGCAACGACAACAAAAUCGGUACCAGACCGCAGUUUAUAAUCCGUCAGAUUAUUAUCAAGGAUAUUACAAUUCCAUCAAUGCUACCACCAGCAGCCGUAGCAACAGCUUCAGCUCCAACAACAACCUGAAUAGCAAUCGCAACACUCAAGGAUAUGGCAGAUAUAUCGCUCACAACAACGCUGGCUCGUGUUCCAGCAACAACUUUAACAAUUGGUCCACUGAGCUCGCCAGUAGCAGCAACACCAACACCAACACUAGCACCAGCAGUAAUAGCAGUAAUAGCAACAUUAACAAUGCCACUGGCAUUUGCAACAUUGAACCGUUUCCAUUGAACCUGGCGCCAGAACAUUUGCUGGCUGCUCAAAUGUAUGCCAUACAUGGUGAGCGCUUCUUUGACAUGCCCAUGGGUCAGAUUUACAAGCGUACUCUCAAUGAACCGUCUACAGGAGGAACAACAUCAGCCACGGCUACGGCCGCAGCAGCCGCAUCCGCAUCCGUUUCUAAAACAGCAACAGUUACAUCCGCCGUCCAAGCUGCAUCAGCUGCAGCCCAAUCUCGGUCCAUUGCAAUGCGUCCAUCGCCCUCCAUCCCAACAACCUCCAUGUAUCGUCCAGGCAAUCACAAUCAAACAAAUUGGCAUGGACACCACUAUCAUCACCACCAUCACCAUCAUCAGUAUAAUCAGCCGCAGUUGCAUCAUCAUCAUCAGCAGUCACUGCCUUAUCAGCAGACGGCGCCGCAAGCUGAGCCGCCGGCAGUACUGCGUCCGGCGUUUAAUAUAAACAAAGCCAACUUUCCGCCGCUACCGGCGCCAAAUCAAAAGCGAAGCUCGAAAGAUUAAGUUGCUUACAAACAGGAGAAUGGGGUUAAGUCCCAUUUCUGGACUUUCGUCGACGCUUAGCGAACAGGAGAAGUAUGCACACAAAACUCGUACUGCACAUAUUCGAAUUGCCAAUAUAUAGUACAUACAUAUCCACAUAUUAGCCCACACAUGCAUACAUACAUAUGUAUAUGCA